AUGUUGUCUUCCUUUCUUUCAUCUCUUGCCUUCUCUCAGUCGUCUAAUCUACUCCGGCGCCGCUGCUGCCAUCAUUUCCCGGUCGUUUCUUACGUAACUCAACCUCAACCUCUGCCUCCCAUUUACUUCUAUGUCGGGAACUUGAUUAUGGAAGAUAACGAAAGCUGCACAAUACUUCUUCAGCUGUCCGAAGAUGACCCCUUUUUCGACAAAAAGAAGCAAAUUUUGCACGCUAGGGGAUUCAGCAUUAGCGAGCAGCUAGAGCUUCAGUAUUCUUCUUAUUGUCCCGAUUCAGUUGCUUCUAAUUUGGAGAAGCUGCUCCAAGUAGCAAGAAUCAUAUACUUAGACGAGGUUGAACUUUACUUCAAUGACUUUGAUGGAAGUAGACCAGUGGAGUUCUACAGCACCAGGAACGAAGUGGAGGCUCUAAAUGCAAUCCUUUCCCUCAUUAAUCAAGCACCCAUCAAAGCUCAGGUCUUUAGAGACGCAAUCAACGACAGGAUCACAAAGGAAUGCGGGGAGAAGAGCUUAGUUGGGUCCAUAGUUACUAGAAAUCGUGACUGCGUUAGUCAAGAAAACCGGUUGGUGGAAUGGGGAGAGAGCAAUGGUGUGAAGACAAGCUUGGAGAUAGCAUUGAUUGAAGGAGCUGGAAGAGGAGCCAUAGUGAAAAGAGAUCUCGGAAUUGGAGACAUCGCGUUGGAGAUUCCAGUCUCUCUCAUAAUCUCCGAGGAACUUGUUUGUCAAUCUGCCAUGUUUAAAAUUCUCGAGAGGAUUGAGGGGAUUUCUGCCGAGACUAUGAUGCUUCUAUGGAGCAUGAAAGAAAGGCAUAACUGCUACUCGAAAUUCAGGGUUUACUUUGAUACUUUGCCAAAAGCUUUCAACACAGGACUGAGCUUUGGCGUCAGUGCAAUGAUGGCUUUGGAUGGAACCACUUUGUUGGAGGAGAUAAUGCAAGCAAAAGAGCACUUGCGCGUUCAAUACGAGGAGCUGGUUCCUGCUCUAUGCAGCAACUAUCCUGGCACAUUUCCCUCGGAGACAUAUACAUGGGAGAAUUUCUUAUGGGCUUGUGAGUUGUGGUACUCCAACAGCAUGAAGAUCAUGUUUGCCGAUGGCAAGUUGAGGACUUGUUUGGUACCAAUUGCCGGCUUUCUCAAUCACUCGCUUUACCCACAUAUCACUCACUAUGGCAAAGUAGAUUCUGCAACGAAUACAUUGAAGUUCCCACUGUCGAGGCCUUGUUUGGCUGGAGAGCAAUGCUGCCUUAGCUAUGGGAACUUGUCGAGCUCACAUUUGAUCACAUUCUAUGGCUUCUCACCACAAGGAGACAAUCCUUACAAUGUGAUUCCAAUAGAUAUCGAUGCAGGCAAGGCUGAUUGUUACGAUGAUUCCCCCUGGACUACUCACAUGGUGCGAGGUACCUGGUUCUCAAACAACCAUGGCAUCUUCCACUAUGGCUUGCCAACUCCAUUGCUAAAUUACUUGAGAAAGGCUCGUGAUCACAUGCCUAACACCACAACAAUUAAAAAGGAAGACAUGGAAGUGGACAUUGAGGUCCUCGAAGACCUGGUCACCACCUUCAACAGUAUGAUGGAGAAUCUUGGUGACACAACCUCGGAUUAUGGCGAGGACUGUGAAAGGUGGGACAUUAAGUUGGCUGUUGAGUUCAAAGAAGGACAAAGGAGGAUCAUAUCCUCGAUUCUUUCCUCGUGUGAUGAUGGCAUCAGGCUGCUGCAAACUCAUCUGCAGAAGUGCACCAGCUAGGCUGAGUGAGCUUUAGUUUAACAGUUUUGCUAGGUUCCGAGACUAUGAGGGUCCUUUUAUCUUGCGUUUGCAAAAAGAAUGUAUUAACACUCUUGGAGUGUUGCAUGGUUUAUGUUUGUGAAUUCGUAUUUGAACCGUUCAGGUUAACGAGUUAAGGUAUUAUAUAACAAAAUCAUGAAGAAUCAUGUUUAUGUCGCUACAUUAUGGUAGAUUUAUGGUAGAUUUAUCUCUCAUAAUCUAGUUGUAAAAUUGUAAUGCUAAACUAAACUAAGGUUAGUUUGGAUGAAAUAUAUCGCCAG